CAACUUUUACCGGGGUUUUGGGUCGAGAUGAAAGAUGCGAUCCCCAUAAACGGUGGUCUCGCUCCCCUGCGUCCCCUCGUACACGAUCCACCUCCAUCGCCGGCUGUCACUUCCUUUUUUUCCAGUCAAUCGCUCGCCGAGACAGUUACUGUCCUUGCUUUGCUGUUCUGCCGCCGUCCCGCUCGUUUGACGGCUGUUUGCAACUUUGCGUGCUGUUCUUGUUCUGUUCUUGUCCGACCCGUUCGGCCAUCUCGUAAUUUGAAUUUAUUGCAGCAUUUUCGAGCGCCGGCCUCCUACGGAUUACAGAUUAGUUUCUCUGAACAGGCGACCUACGAUGAGGUCUACGGCGGCUGUGUUUUCUCUGUUGACGGCCGCGGCCGCCGUGCGCGCCGGGCCGACAGCUUCGGUGCCGGUCAGAGCCCGUGCUGUCGAGAUUGAGCCCAUCACUGCCAAGGGCAAUGCUUUCUUCAAAGGCAACGAGAGGUUCUACGUCCGGGGCAUCGACUACCAGCCGGGCGGCGCAAGCGCCAAUAUCGACCCCCUGGCCGACCCCAAGGUGUGCAUGCCCGACAUCGAGAAGUUCAAGAAACUGGGCGUCAACGUCAUCCGUGUCUACUCGACCGACAACUCAAUGGACCACGACGAGUGCAUGAACGCGCUCGCCGAAGCCAACAUCUAUGUCGUGCUCGACGCCAACAACCCCAAGUACUCGAUCAAGCGCGAAGACCCCCAUGGCUCGUACAACACUGUCUAUCUGCAGAGCGUGUUCGCUACCAUCGACAGCUUUGCCAAGUACAGCAACACCAUGGCCUUCAUCUCCGGCAACGAAGUCAUAAACGACCAGACCAACACGACUCUCGCCGCACCCUACGUGAAGGCGACAGACCGUGAUAUGCGCGCCUACAUCAAGGCCCGCAACUACCGCAAGAUCCUCGUCGGCUACUCGGCCGCGGAUGUCAGCUCCAACCGGCAGCAGACGGCCAACUACUUCAACUGCGGCCCGGACGAGGAGCGCAGUGACUUUUUUGCUUUCAACGACUACUCGUGGUGCAGCAGCGACUUCAUCACGGCAGGGUGGGAUGUUAAAGUGCGCAACUUCACGGGCUACGGCAUCCCCAUCUUCCUGACCGAGUACGGCUGCAACACGAACAAGCGCAACUUUGGCGAGCUUCAAUCGCUCAUGCACCCCAACAUGACGGGCGUCUACUCGGGCGGCCUCAUGUACGAGUACUCGAUGGAGCCCAACAAGUACGGCAUCGUCGAGAUCAAGGGCGGCCAGGACAACGGCGGCAUCGACCAGACGGGCGAGCGCAUCGAGCUGGACGAGUUCGCCGCCUUUGCCAGCGCGCUGAAGAAGUGGCCCGCCCCCUCGGGCGACGGCGGAUACACGUCCACUUCCAAGGCGGCUCCGUGCCCCACGCAGGACCAGAACUGGCUUGUUAGCUCGACCAAGCUCCCCGCGAUUCCCGAGGGUGCGAAGAAGUUUUUCGAGAGCGGCGCUGGUAAGGGUCCCGGUUUGAAUGGUCCCGGCUCGGAAACGGCCACCGACCAGGCGUCGACCAGCGACGAUAGCACGACCUCCGGCAGCAGCAGCACCUCUGUUAGCAGCACCUCUGGCAGCGGGAUGUCGAGCACGAGCACGUCGGCCAGCACCCCGACGAAGUCGACCAACGCCGCUGUGCGGGCCCGCGUUUCGGCGGUGGACACGGCGCCCUUCGUUGUCUCGGGUCUUGUGUUGUUCUUUACGCUCGUCGGUGCGGCUGCGUUGUGAGGAGGGUGACACAGUUGGGUAGGAUUGUGUUGUAGUUAUAUUGAUUGUUACUUGUAGCAUGGUUGAUAAUUCGCGGCCAUUAACUCUUCUUCGUCGGGUACAAGAGGACUUGGUCCUCUGUACUGAUUCCCGGGCAACCAGAAAGGUUUCCAUAGAUAUUCAUUCACGUAAACUACAGCUCUUCUUUUGCUC